AUCGCCCCGCGUCCCCCGGCUCUCCCCGUUAUCCCUCUGCCUGGGGGAGAUCGUUUUUAUGACUCUUCUUCUUAAUAUUAUUUUAUUAUUAUUUCUUUUCACUCUUAUUUAUCGUCCCUCUUAUUUUCCCUCCCAUCUCCUCGCCCGGGACGCGCAGCCGGCCGCCCUCUCUCCUCCGGCCCCCGGCCCCGCUCUCUCCCUUCCCCGCAGCCCGACGCGGGGCCCUCCGAGAUGAACCUCAACUUCACCUCUCCGGUGCACCCGGUCGCCGCGCCCCGGCCCACCUCCUUCUUCAUCGAGGACAUCCUGCUGCACAAGCCCAAGCCCCUGCGGGAGGUGCCCGCCGAGCACUUCGCCGGCUCCUUGGCCUCCCGCGUCCCGCUCUUGGACUAUGGGUACCCCCUGAUGCCCGCCCCGACGCUGCUGGCUCCCCACCCUCACCCGGCCCUGCACAAACCGGAGCAUCACCACCACCACCCCUACUUCCUCACCACCUCGGGAGUGCCGGUACCGGCGCUGUUCCCGCACCACGCUCACGCCGAGCUGCCCGGGAAGCACUGCCGCCGCCGCAAAGCCCGCACCGUCUUCUCCGACUCUCAGCUCUCCGGCCUCGAGAAGCGUUUCGAGAUCCAGCGUUAUCUCUCCACGCCCGAGCGGGUGGAGCUGGCCACGGCUCUCAGCCUCUCCGAGACCCAGGUGAAAACCUGGUUCCAGAACCGGCGGAUGAAACACAAAAAACAGCUGCGGAAAAGUCAAGACGACCCCAAACACGAGGAGAACCGCGAGCAGAGCUCCCCCGAGCCCGAGCUCCCCGAGCCGGCCGCCGCCGAGCCCCGAAAGGGCCCCCCCGGCCCCUUCCUGCUGCAGGACCCCGAGGACGAGGUGGACAUCCUGGAGGAGGGGGACAUCCUCGCCGCCCCCCACCGUCUGUAGGAGCGCGGGGGCUCAGUUCCCUCUUAGGGCGGCGUUGCCCGGCCCCGCAGCUCGCCCCCAGCCCCACGUGCUGCCUGAGAGCGGAGGGGCCGAGGUUUGGUGUCGGUGCGGGGUGGGGGGGGGAACAAAACCCCAGGGCUCCUUUCGCCCCUUUGGCUUCAUCCCAGCGUCGCCCCAAGCCUGAACUUUGCUUGGAAAUCCAUUGAGGGAGAGCCAAGAAAUAAAACCAAACCAACCGACAACCAGUUUCCUGUGAGUUCCCCUUUCCCUUCGAAAUCUCGGACUUUUCUCCGCUCCCCGAAGUCCCCUCGGUUUUAAAUAAAGGUGUUCCGUGGCUGCGUGGUGUGGUUACUGAGCGGCUCCGCGCUGCCAGGGAACGCGUGCGCUCAGACCACGCGGCGGAGCGGCAGCUGGGGCGGGGGGAAGCGCUCCGCUAAUUCCCAUCCGUGGAUGGGAAGGGAAAGGGGAGCAGCGGGAAUGACCCCAUCCCGGCUGUGAGACGCUGUUCGCAGCCGUGAUCCCUCCGCGGCUCCAGGCGCGGGGCACCUGCGGGCUUUCCCCUGCACGAGCCCCGCUUGCAGCCUUUGCUCCCGUUUCGUCUCCUCCCGCAGCAGCCUCCGAGCUCCGCGCUGCAGCCGCCGUCCGCGCUCGCUUUGCCUUCACCUUUCUGCCGGGGAAGUGGUUUUAAUUUCCAGCAGCCCAUGAGCAGUUUCUACCCAUUGAGGGCAAGGUGGUAGGAAGCUGAAAUUGAUCGUCUCUGAAAGAAAUGCCAAGGUGAUGUGAUUGCAGCACCAUUGCUCCUAUGUGGAACUGUCCCCAGGUUUUUGACUCCUCUAGGAUCACCUCUACACAGCUCCUGUCCUCCUGGUAAAGCCUGGAGCCCUCAGCUUCCUCUGAGCCCUUUCAGAGCCUCCCACGCUGCAGGGAAGAGGGGGAACGAUGGAAUCCAGGAUCACCUUUUACUGCAACCUCCAUCUCGGAGUGAUAUGUUUCAGAGAAAAGACCCAAAACCUCAGAAAGAUCAGAGAUUUCUGUUUGCAGAAGGCUGACUGGUGACAGUACCCCAAAUUGGGGUCUCCAAUUUGGUAUAGGUACUAUGAAAGUGUUGAAUGCUUCCACCUGUCAGCAACGACGAACUACCCAGUAUGCCUUCCUGACUUGAAAACAAUUAUUUGACUCCACUUCUACGCUUCCCCAAUCUAAAACAUUAAGGAAUGGUGGCAAGUAGAAGAGGCCUGCCAAGUAAAUGCUGAGAAUUUCCAUUGUGUGGUGUACACAAAUACGCUUCUGCCCCUGUAAAGGCAGCCUGUGCUCGUGGUGAAUAACACCGUGCUUUGCAAAUAGCUGUGCAGCAGCCACGGGACUACAGCAGGCAGGUUCUACUCCAGCUAAAUCUCUCCCUGAAUACUUAAUGCAAAAUUCAAAGCCUAUUUCUUAUUUAAAUUCUUCGCCUUCCUAAUUUGAAAGACAUUAAGUUUUGGCCUUUGCUUUUAAGCAGAUGGAUGCUCAUCAUUUACUUGUAUGGUCCCUUUUUGUGCCACCAUAUCUGUUAGGUGCAGGAAGAAUUUGCAUUAGUAUUGAGGCAGAUCAAAAGAUUUUCUUUGCACAUAUGCUGCAAAUAAUGUCUUUUCCUGGGGGAAAAAAAAAUACAGUGCUUUCCAAGUGGUCUGUAGA